AUGUCUUCCACCCGACAACCCCACAUUUCCGCAGACAGCUUCUUCCACACAUCGUCCGCAUCCGACCCAUCACUGUCCCCCAUCACCAUCUACAUGAUAUCCGGCAAUCCAGGCCUAAUUGGGUACUACCACACAUUUCUCUCCACUCUCUCAGACAAGCUAAACACACAAUCCACGCAACAAACAAGAAAAAACCAUGCCUUCCAAAUCUACGGACACAGCCUGGGAGGAUUCGAGCUUACCAAAACACCAGGCUCGGAACCAAGGUACUACGACUUGGAAGAACAGAUCUGUUUCGUCCAAAACAAGCUGGAUGAUUUCCUCACUAGCUGCAGCAAUGCAUCGAACGGGGUCCCAAUACCAAGACCCAAAGUGAUCCUCAUCGGCCAUUCGGUGGGUAGCUAUAUUGCCAUGGAGAUCCUCCGGAGACACCGCGAGCGCUCGACGAGUAGCGCCUCGCCCUCUGUUGAUUUCGAUAUCAUCGGCGGCGUUAUGCUGUUUCCUACUGUUGUCGAUAUUGCGAAAUCGCCCUCCGGCCAGAAAUUGACGUUGGCUGUCGUAGUGGGCUUCUUGGUCCGCAUCCUGACAGCCCUUCUCCCGGGUAGUCUUCUACGAUCUCUGGUUAGGUCUUAUAUGGGAUCGCCGCAGGAUAAUAUGGUCGAGACUACGGCUGCUUUUUUGGAGUGUGGCUAUGGUGUGCAGCAAGCUUUACACAUGGCUGCUGAUGAGAUGCAAACCAUCACGUCGGAUAAAUGGAGCGAUGAUGUUUGGGGCAUGUCUAACGUGAAGGAUCCAGUUACGCGAUUGUUUUUCUACUUUGGUCGGAAUGAUCAUUGGGUUGCGGAGCGGACGAGAGAUGAGGUUAUAGAAUUGAGGGGACGGACGGAGGGUGGUCCGAAGAUGGUGGUUUGUGAGGAGGGUCUGCCACAUGCUUUUGUUUUGAAAUAUAGUGAUGUUGUGGCGAAGAAAGUGGCCGGUAUGGUGUUGGAUAUAGUAAAGGAUUGA